AUGAAUUUAUUGAAUAAUUGUGAUGAGGUUUCAUCCUCUUCGUCAAAGACCACCAACAACUUUAAUAAUUUAAUAAAUUCUACUACAGCAGAACCACCACAACCACAACCUCAACCACAAGGGUUAUCAACAUCAACAACUACGACAUCUGUAUCAACAAGACACCAUUCACCAGAUAUUGUAUACUCAUCUCACACCAAAUCCACUUUAAUUAGUAAAGCCCCAUCAGAUUUCAUUCAAACACAACCAUCAUCACCUGAACCAACCUCAUCAAUACAAACAAUAUCUAAUCAAAUAACUGACGACCUACCUAAUCAAGAAGUUUCAGUUGUAACACCAUUCUUAGUUAAACAUAUUAGUGAUGCAAAUAUGAUUCCUAAAGAUAAUUUCCAUAAAUAUUGUUAUCGUCACAACCCUGACAUUACCUGUAAUAAACAUACCGAUGAAGCACGAAUGAAAUUGAUUCAGGAUCAAUUGGAUAAAUUACCUAAUGGUGAUCAACAAGCAAUAACUCAUGUAUGGUCAAUUUUCAGUGCAGCACCAGUACAACAUCGUCAAUUAAUAUUACAAGGAUUAUUAAGUCAAUGUUGUUUCCCCCAAUUGUCAUUUAUUUCACAAGAAGUUUCUUCAUUGAUUAAAAUUGAUUUUAUAUCGACUUUACCCCAAGAAAUAUCACUCAAGAUUUUAUGUUAUUUGGAUUGUCGAUCAUUAUGUAAUGCUGCCCAAGUUUCUCGUAAAUGGAAAAGUUUAGCUGAUGAUGAUAGAGUAUGGCAUUAUAUGUGUCAACAACAUAUUGAUAGAAAAUGUCCAAAUUGUGGUUGGGGAUUACCUUUGAUGCAUAUGAAGAGAGCUCGUGAAAUGACCGAUGAUGAUAAUAUUAAACCUAUAAAAAGGAAUGACGAACAACAACAACAACAGCAGCAGCAACAACAAGGGUCUUCACAAGCACAGUCACAAGUACUCGAUGGAGAAGGGCAACCAGACAGGAAAAAAGUAAAACUUGAUACUGAAGAUAAUCACCAAAAAGUUGUGCCAACAUCGGUUGUAGUGAGAAAACGUCCUUGGAAAUCAGUGUAUUCAGAAAGAUUCAAAUUAGAGAAAAAUUGGCGUAAGGGAACUCAUACAAUUAAAACAUUUACUGGACACAGUGAUGGAGUUACAUGUUUACAAUUUAAUCGUAAAUAUCUUAUGACAGGAUCAUAUGAUACAACAAUAAAAAUAUGGAAGAUUGAUAGUGGUGAAUGUGUUAAAACUUUAACUGGUCAUACCAAGGGAGUAAGAGCAUUAGUUUUCGAUAAUCAAAAAUUAAUAUCUGGUGGAUUAGAUUCAACAAUUAAAGUAUGGAAUUAUCAUACUGGACAAUGUAUUGCCACUUACCGUGGACAUGAAGAUGCGGUUGUUUCCGUUGAUUUCACAAAUAAAUCUAUUGUUUCUGGAUCAGCUGAUCAUACAGUUAGAGUAUGGCAUGUUGAUUCAAGAACUUGUUAUACAUUGAGAGGUCAUACCGAUUGGGUCAAUCAUGUCAAGAUUCAUCUGGCUUCAAACACUAUCUUCAGUGCUAGUGAUGAUACAACAAUUAGAAUGUGGGAUAUGAAUAGUAAUGAAUGUAUCAAAGUUUUCGGUGGUAUGGAAAAUAAUGGCCAUAUAGGUCAAGUCCAAUGUAUUAUCCCUUUCACUUAUAAAGAAGAAUUAAUAGAAGAUGAAAGUGAAAGUGAUUCUGAAAAUAAUCAAAAUUCAACAACAACAACAACAACGACAUCAGCAGCAGCCACAGCCACAGCCACAGCAAUGGGUGCAACAUUAGGAACCAAUAAUAUAUCAUUACCAAAUGAUACAGCUACAAUUAAUAGAUCGACAUUUACUCCAAGCAACAACAAUACCGCUACUACUGCUACUACCCCUAAUUCAUAUCCUACACAUUUCUUAACUUCUGCAUUAGAUAAUACAAUCAAAUUAUGGGAUGUUGCCACGGGUAAAUGUAUAAGAACUCAAUUUGGCCAUAUUGAAGGAGUUUGGUCAAUUGCUGCCGAUACAUUUAGAAUCAUUAGUGGUGCUCAUGAUCGAUUAAUUAAAGUAUGGGAUUUACAAAAUGGGAAAUGUUUACAUACAUUUAGUAAUAAUCUGAGUGUUUCAUGUGUUGGAUUAAGUGAUUCAAGAUUUGUUGCUGGAUUAGAAAAUGGUGAAGUGAAAAUGUAUUGUUUUGAUUGA